UAAGAGACAGCUUCAGGCCCUCCUCAUUCGAAGUGGGGCACAACACACUCUUCUCGCACACUAGGUGCUGUAGAUCGAUCAGUAACUCACGCACCAGAGCUCCAAUAUGGCGACAAUGCAAAAAGUCUUCGCCGCCUACCAGUCUCGCCUCUCGACCCUCCAGUCAACUUAUCCUAGUAACAGAUACGCCGCCGGUAUCGCGUGCAUUGACAACACACUCGUCCCUCUCGCCGAUGCCCGCAUUCCCAUCACAGACCAAGGCUUCCUCAAGAGCGAUCUUACAUACGAUGUCCCUGCGAUCUGGGACGGGCGAUUCUUCCGCCUCGACGACCACCUGGACCGAUUUGAACGCUCAUGCAGCAAGAUGCGGUACAAGAGCCCCCUCUCACGUGAGGAACUGAAGGCGAAAUUGAUCGAGAUGGCUGCGCUGAGUGGAAUGCGCGAUGUGUAUGUGCAUAUCAUCGUGACGCGGGGUAUGCUCCCCGCAAUGCUAGUGUCUGAGGCCGAGCAGGUGAACAAUUUGUAUAUCAUCAUGAAGCCGUACUAUUGGGUCAUGGCGCCGGAGAUGCAGAUUGCCGGCACGGGAGCAGCGGUGAUCACUAAGACAGUAAGCAGGACUCCGGAGCAUAGUGUGGAUCCAACGGUCAAGAAUCACCAGUGGGGAGAUUUUACACGGGGUGUGCUCGAGGCACGGGAUCGGGGUGCGAAAUAUCCGUUUUUGACAGAUGGCCAGGGGGCAUUGACAGAGGGGCCGGGAUACAACAUUGUGCUUGUGAACAGAGGUGUGUUGUAUACACCUGCAAGUGGGGUGUUGGAGGGUGUGACGAGGUUGAGUGUGAUGGACGUUGCGAGGGAGAAAGGGGUGGAGGCUAGGGUUGAGAGGGUGCCGGUCAAGAUGGCGUACAGUGCGGAGGAGAUAUUUAUGUGCACAACGGCGGGCGGUAUUAUGCCUAUCACAGAGCUUGAUGGAAAGCCCGUUGGCGAUGGGCUGAUCGGUCCUGUCACGAAGACUAUUUGGGAUGCGUACUGGGAGAUGCACUACAAUCCUAACUAUAGCUUCGAGAUAUCGUAUGAGUUUUCGAAAUGAGAUGGUCUUAACGGAGUACACUAGACGAAUGCCGGGGUCAAAAAUGUAGCCAUAGAGGUCAAUAGACGGUGUGCAAAUUUUCAACUUGCUUAUCUACGUCUGUCUCAUGGGAACGUUUGGGUUCCAAAUUCAUGUCAGAACCCAGCGCCUAUGAUAAUCUCCACAAUAUCCAUAUGAACAUGUUCUCUAGAUCAUAAGACGUUCAACCUUGUCCUUCAAGGCUCGGAUCUGUCCCAUGAGAG